GUGCGCAGCCGCUUCACGUAACCUGGGACUCACCCCAGGGGUCCCCAAACUUCUGCUAAAUGCUCCCGGUUUCACACCUUACUGGGAAGUGUCUCUGCCGUCCGCCCCGCACCCCCUGCCUCCGCUUCCUGACCUCAGCCGCCUGCAGCACUCAGCCUCAAACACAAAGCUGCCGGAGGAUCCACAGCCUGCCGGCCUCCUCCGCUACACGAUGUUACUGCUCGCCCUCCGCCUCGGCUCCUGGCUCUGGCUCUGGACUCUACUACCCACAGGGAGAGUGACAGGCACUUUCUAUGGGGCAGUUAAUGGCUCCGUGGUGCUCGACGUGCCUCCGACUCCCGGCAGAGACGUCUUUGAAGUCCGCUGGAAAGACUCGAAUGACAAACUGAUGGGGAAACUCAAGAAAAGCGACGAGAAGCCGUUGCUGGGGGGUCAGUGCGGCUGCGACGUCCACAAAAACGGAUCCCUGCACCUCCUCCAGCUGAGGGCCCCGGGGGAGCGGAUCUACACGGUGACCACGUACAACGCCGCUGGGAGGCAGAUCCACAACGGCACCGUCAGACUCGUCGUGAUAGAAAAGGUGAAUACGCCGCUCAUUGGCUAUAACUGCUCAAACACAAAAGUGAGGGUCACCUGCUGGGUGUCUGGCGGAACCGACCCCGAAAUCGACAUUAAAUGGGACGGCCAGGUGAAAGCCCGACUCAAAAGCCGCUCACUGGAGACAAGCAUCGGCCACAUGGGCAAAGCUGGGACCGUGACGUGCAGGGCCAAGAACCCGGUCAGCGACCAGGAGCAGGCAAUGGAGGUCAACUGCUUGAAGGUUUGGAGCCUUUACAUGAUCCUGGCCGUCGUGGGGGGAGGAGUCGUCUUCAUCAUCUUCCUCAUCCUGCUCAUUUACUGCGUGAGACUGAAGUGUAACAAACGCCGGGGGAGAAAGGAUGAGGAGGUGAGCAUCACGUACCAGCCGGCCGGACACCGCAUCCAGCAGCGCCAGUUACCGGAGCCCCCCACGGGCCGGCCCAUCGCAGACCCCCCGGAACGCAGCCCGGGACAGAAGACCCCGAUGAAGCCGGUGUCGGCCCCCCCAGCCGUGAGAGGAGCCCAUCGCAAACGGCCCCAGGAGCCCCUGAAGGGGCCACAACCUCCGAAUAAUCCUCCCCAAAUACCCAGCCUCCCGUUAAACCACCCCAACGAGCUGCCGCCCCGGCAACAGCCCCGGGCACAGCCCCGGCAACAGCCCUCACAGACCCAGCCACGGAGGAAGCAGUAGCCGCCGGCUACCCAGUACCGGGAGGCUGUUUGUACUGGACAGUGAGACGCUGAGUGAGGAGAGAGUGGGGGGCCGGGUCCCAGGGGCCACAAACCUCAGGGCACUUAGCAGAGUCAUUAAAACCCCCCGGGGGGGGCAAUUUAAUUAUUGAAUACCCCCUUACAUAGUAAAUCAAUGAUGAUGAGUUUAUCAUUCAGGCGUGUCCUGGCGGCUGACCAAUGAGCAAGAGCGUCUGUCACCGCGCAUCAUAGUAAUGACGUGAUGUCAUACAGCGCCGGCAGCGAUUGGAAUGUCAUAUCCAUGACCGCGGAUGACUGGCCCUUUGUGAACGAUUCUGGACAGGCCUGGAGGGGCGUCUGAGCCUCUAGUGCUAGAUUCCGGCCUCUUUUGUGAUUGAAAAUAAACUUCCCUCCCUUUGUGUAA